AUGAACAUAUUCGCCAACGCCUUGACAGAUCCAGAUGAAAUUUGGGCAUGUCGGAUGAUGUACCGACGGCUUGAGAAGAUCCAGAGGAAGAUCGACAGGAAAACAGAGCGAGAACGUUUGAAGAAUCCACCGCGCAAAGUUGAUAGUGGAGUAAUACACUUGGAAUUCAGAACACUUUUCUUGGAGCCAGACAGCCCUCAUCAGAAAGAACUGCUUCAGGAUUUUUCUGAAUUUUGCAGAGUAAGGCGCCAGGAAGAAUGGUGCACAUUGCAGCUUGCUUACUUGCGAAAGUACGGUAAAGUGCCAUGUGGGUGUGGAAAAGAGCAUACACCAAAUCUCCGAUGGCUGAGAAAAGUUCACACAUAUUUGCCUGAUAUUGAUCUAAAUGAUAUCGACGAUUUCCUUUUUGACUUGAGUGAAGAGGAAAAAGAGGAAGAAAAAGUUCCCGCCCCUGGUCAUCGCACGCUGGCUGAAGUCGAGGCUGAAAUGAAGUUGGUCAAAGCUCUUCCAGCAAGCAAGGACACGAUGGCACAGUAUAUGUCUCUGAUCCAAGAAAGGAAGCUUCUGUUAGAUGAAUCCCAGAUGAAAAAGGAAGGUAGAACUGCAAAGGCUCGCGAGAAUGCGCUCUUGGAGGAAGUCACUGCAACGAUAGCUAUGGAAACUGCAGCCGCAUUACAGCGACGUCGAAAGCAACGGAAGAAAAAAUAG